AUGGACACGGGAAAGAGCUCGGAGGCCGGAAGGAGUGGCGCCGGCGGUGCGUCGUCGUCCACUGACUACGAGGUCUUCUUGAGUUUCAGAGGGCCGGACACUCGCCAAGGAUUCACGAAUUGCCUUUACCACGCUAUGCGAGACCAGAACAUCCGUGUUUUCUUGGACGAGGAAGAGCUAGACGUCGGUAAAGCAAUAGCCGACGAGCUACCGGAGGCCAUCGAAAAGUCGAAGAUCUACGUACCCAUCUUCUCUAAAGAUUAUGCUUCGAGCGUGUGGUGCCUGCGCGAGCUCGCGGACAUGGUGGAGCGCAGGGAAUCCAAACCAUCCGAGAAGGAGAUUAUGCCAAUCUUCUACGACGUGGAACCCAACGAUGUUAAGCUCAGGUCUCAACUAUAUGUCGGCGCUCUGAAGAAUCAUGAGAAGAAGUUUGACAGCCAGAUGAUCCAAAAGUGGGCGGAUGCCCUCAAAAGUGCAGCCCAAAUCAGAGGAUGGGAGCUGAAAAGCCAAGGGCACGGGGAAUUCAUUAAAUCGGUGAUACGAGAGAUUUCGAUGAAGCUGAAGAUAAAAGAUAAAUACGUCGCCCAGCAUUUAGUCGGCAUGGACGAUCGAGUGGAAACCGUUGUGAAGUUGUUGGAAAUGGACUCUGGGGGCAUGCGCUUUUUACUAAUCCAUGGAAUGGGGGGAAUCGGUAAAACGACUCUCGCUAAGGUUGUGUUCAACAAGCUCAAUUCCCUCUUCAGUCAUUGCUGCUUCCUGGGAAAUGUCCGAGAAUCGUCGUCGCUCAGCUUUGGCCUCGUAAAUUUACAGAAACAACUAUUGUCUAAUGUGUUGGGUUCGGCCUUUCAAGACUACACAAAUGAUGUCGACGAUGGGAUCAACGUGAUUGCACGACGACUUUCUAACAAGAAAGUCUUCAUCGUUCUCGACGAUGUGGAUGAUGAAGAGCAACUUGAGAAACUAGCCAUCAAGCAUGUUUCGUUUGGCUCGGGAAGCAGAGUUAUUUUGACUACUAGGAACAGAAGCAUCAUAGAAGCCGACCAAACUCUGGAGUACGAAGUGAAGCAGUUGGAUUCCAUUCAAUCACUCGAGCUUUUCAGUAGACAUGCUUUUGGAAGGGAUUCUCCUCCAGAUGAUUACGUUGGUCUUUCGAGACGAGUAGUUUCUAUGACUGGAGGACUUCCCUUAGCUCUCGAAGUCAUAGGCUCAUUACUUCGUCGACAAAGCAAAGCCUCGUGGAAAGGUGUGUUGGAAUGUCUGAGCAAAAUACCUCCUGAAAAGGUCCGGGACAAGCUGAAGAUCAGCUACAAUGCCCUGGGUCCCGAGCAACAACAGAUCUUUCUCGAUAUCGCCUGUUUGUUUGUAGACGAAGACAAGACGAAUGCAUUUUACAUGUGGAAAGAUUGUGAGUUCUUCCCGAACUAUUCGAUUUCAGCCCUUGCCUGCAGGUCCUUGAUAAAGAUAACUGAUGACAACAAAUUCUGGAUGCACGACCUACUAAAAGAUCUCGGUAGGCAAAUCGUAUGUGGAGACAAGAGGCCGGUGGAUCCAAGCGAGCAGAGCAGGUUGUGGGUUCCUGAGAUGGCCGAUGAGAUCAUAAGAACCGAAGAGAGAAAGAAGGCCAUUGAAGCAGUCUGCUUAGAUGGAGGAACCUAUACGGGCAAAGAGUUUUCAAGGCUUCCAAACAUAAGGUUCCUCAAAUUAAAUCGGGGAGAUUUAGAUGGAGACUUUGAGAGUCAGCUUAAAAAGUUGAGAUACAUGUCCUGGCAUUUUUGUGGUCGAGAGCUGUUGGCCAUCAAUUUCCAUCCAAGAAAUCUUGUAGUUCUCGACCUGUCUUAUAACUCCAUCGUCACAGAGGACUGGGCUGGAUGGAGUCAAAUCAAGGUUGCCAAGAAGCUUAAGGUUCUGGAUCUCACAUGUUGCGACCGCAUGGUCAGGACUCCAGACUUCUCUCAUUAUUUGAGUUUAGAGAGAUUGAUCCUUAAAGAAUGCACAAGUCUGAUUGAAGUUGAUGGUUCCCUCGAAAAGCUUAAGUGCCUGAUUUACUUCAAUGCGCAUGGGUGUCCUCAGCUUAGGGAGUUGCCAGAAGGAAUCGGAGGGUUGGAGAAGCUCGAGUACUUGGAUUUAGGCUAUUGCAGAAAAUUGAGGAAGCUGCCUGAAUCAUUCGCAAGAGUGGCAUCACUGGUAGAGUUGGAUCUCACAUGUACGGCUAUCACUAGAUUACCCGACUCCAUUGGUAACCAAAAGCGCUUGUCGGUACUUAAACUGGAAGGUGUAAAAAUCGAUGAACUUCCCGAUUCUAUCGGCAAUCUACGGAAACUGAAGUUUCUCUUUCUAUCGAGUACUAACAUAAAGGAGCUUCCUGUCUCGAUUGGAAACUUGGAAUCGCUACUCGAGUUGGAUGUUUCGGAAACAAAAAUUGAGCAGUUACCCGAAUCUAUUGGAGGCCUGAGUAGAUUGAAAGUCAUCAAAAUUUCGAGUUCUCCUAUGAGGGAGCUACCUCAGAGCAUUGUUGCCCUUAAAGAGUUAGAAGAGCUACAUGCCGAGAAUUGCCUGUUUUUGGAGUGGGAAAUUCCUGAGGGCAUUUGGAAAUUAUCGCUCUUGAGAUCAAACUACUUCCUCGCCUAG